AUGGGCUAUUACAAAAAAUGCGAAUUUCUGCAAGAGCUCUUAAACAAGAAAAACAUUACGGGAGAACAAUUUAUUCAAAAAGGAAAACCAUUGCAAUUGAAGGAGUGGAAUGAAGAUACUUCGAGAUUUAUUGACAUAUAUGGCACAUUCCCUAUUCUGUAUAACGGCGAUCAUCCAUCAUAUGGUGAUGUCGAUGGUCGACAAAAGGCUUUGGAAGAAUUUUCCAGCAUUCUAAAGAGCCAGCACAAUAUUGAUUUUAAUGAGGAUACCCUAACAUCUGCCAUCGAACAAUUGCAGUCGUGGUACUACAAACUGAAGCAGCGCAAAGAGAACCAGUAUUCCAAACUGAGUAAAACUGAUGAGAGGUAUUAUAAAAAGUGUCGAAGUUUUAUGCCCAACGAACGUCCACGCCAUCGAUUCGUUUGCAACGUAUGCAAGAAAAAUUUCAACCUGCGACAUAACCUUCAGACACAUCUAUAUAAAAUCCAUCAAGUUGGGGACUUGCCGUUUGGUUGCGAUCAAUGUGAGAGAAGGUUUGAGUCGAAGUUUGCCCUGCACGGUCAUGUGCAAAGGAUACAUGUUGGCAAGACAUAUCCGUGUAAAUUUUGUGAUAAAAAGUUUGCCGUUCCAUCAGAACUGAAAAUACACAGCACAAUCCAUUCGACCGAAAGACCGCACAUUUGCGAGUUGUGCGGCAAAUCGUUUAGACUGAAAGUUCAACUUGGCUACCAUGUCACGGCCAUACACACGAAAAUACGAGCAUUUAAAUGUACCAUGUGUCCAAAGGACUUCCUGAAAAAACGGGACUUGACCGAUCACAUCAAAUCGCAUCUAAAUAUAAGAGAUAAAAUUUGUGAGACUUGCGGCAAGGGCUUCUCCAAUUGUCAUUCGUUAAUACGACAUCGACAGAUUCAUUCGGAAGUGAAGAAAUUCGCCUGUAAAUUAUGUGAUGCGAAAUUUCAUCAGUUUGUUGGGCUGAAUGGUCACAUGAAACGAACACAUAAUAUAAUAAAGAAGCCAACAUAA